AUGAAGACAUCAGCAAUAUUACAAUUGCUGAGAAACAAUGUCUACAGUGUGGUCAAGGUAUGUUUUGUUUAUUUUUUGACGUUUAGAGCCAAAGUAAUGUAAUAUUCCGCCGAGACCUAUGUUAUCUUUCAUAACGUUGUGUCUAGAUUAACGUGCAUCCUUAUUGUUAUGCUUCUAUUCUUAAUAAUUAUAAAAUGUAUGUUGUUGACCUAAAAAAAUAAAUAAAUAAAUAAAAAUUGUUUACCCUAUUAUGAACAUUUAAAUUUCUACUCUAACCAAGAAUAAAUUGUAGGAGAAGCUGUAAGUGAAGAUGGCAAGAGUUGUCUUAGAUGUUUUGACCAAAAUGGACGUCAGAAAACUGCGGAAAACGGACAAUGCACAUGUCCUUCUGAUUCCAUCAAGAUCACACGAUAUUCUACAAGAAACAAUGGGCUAGAAACAAGAGUAGAGUGCUCCAAGUGUCCCACAAACACAAAACCUGACAGAAAACAAGCAAUUUGUGAGAAAUGUGUUGGAUUCGAGUGCUACUGUUUUGAGGUAAGACAUUUUUUUAUUAUUAAUAAUAAAGACAUUUUCAAAGGUAUCAAAACCUUUUGCAGAUUCCCUCGCAAUGCUCUGAGAAAACGAUGUCUCAAAUAAGUGACGGAAUCGAGAUCGAAACAGGCCAGAAGUUCCGAUCUGCCCAUGUUCGUCGCUUCACAGAAGCCGCUGAACUUGGUUGCAAAUCUAAAAACCGAGAAUCCUGUCACACGCUAGCCAAUUUGUGUGUUCUACAGAACUACAAUCGAGAUGCGGCUACAUCGUGCACAUUAUAUGAAUCACUGUUCCGAACAAACCCGUCCAGUUCAGACAUACCGGCACUAUUCUUUUUGAACAGUGAAGCCAGUAUCGAACUGUUCCGAGAAUCCGCCAUCGACGCUCACUUCGACUUUGUGCACGGUGCUCCGAAUUCACAAAUGAACUUCCAACUGGCUACAUACACUUUCAACGGUACCUUUCUCGGAUUCCACCCCUUGACUGAUGGGAUAAUACAACAAUGUCCUACUGAUACAGACAGGAAGGAGGGAGCGUUUAAGUUUGGGAGGAUGGAGAGAGAUUACUGUAGAAUCAACUUGGCCGAAGUCAUUAAAAAGUACCACAUCUUCUUUGGUACCCACCCUUAUGAGUUGCUGUUCCAUGAGCUGUACUUGAAGUAUGCUGACAGACAAGGCACUCAAAAGGUAACAUUUUCUUUGACUUUUAGUUUAGUUUGUUAUACAUAUUGCAUGAAAUAACAUAUGCUACUAGUCAGUAAAACAACAAAAGCUUGUGGUUAUUUUAUCUCUAGAAUCCAAUUUAAGAUAUACAACAUACCGAUAGUCAACGAAAACAUACGAUAUAGUGGACAAUUUGUGAACCGGGCAGAUUCUCGCCAAGACAGUAAAUGGAUUCUGACCCGUCGAUUCUAUAUUGUGGAUGAACAGAUAGAGCCAGAUCUAUUCAACGCUCUCGUUAGGGUACCAGUUCACAUAUCCCUACAUAUUCAAAUACAACGAUCGCUUGAUGGAAGAAUCUUCCCGCCUUACAUGAGGAUACGACACAACCAAUAUUACUUCGCAGUAGAUAACAAGUCAGCCGUCAAAGAAGUUGUAGAGCAACGAACUCAUGAAGAACAUGCUGACUUUCUGUUCCAGACCAUCUAUGUCAUCGACAGUUUCGUUCAUGACAAAACUAUUGAGGUCAUCAUGGCUACUUUGAGUUGCACAUGUGUCUUAUGGGGUGCAGUGAAGGCAUACAGGUAACAAUAACUUAAUGAAUUUCUGUUAUUGCAAAUUUUAACCACAUCACCACAUUCAAUAUCACUAUUUUCAGCUGGGGAAGGAGAGCAGGAAAGCUGAUGGUUGAUGCAUCUACCGUAAUCAAGUUCCUACUGUAUGUAGCUGAGAAUCUUGGUAACAUUUUCCUAUUAAUAGCCGGAUGUACGGCCGUGUGGAUCACGUUUGCUUACAAGCUACAAAAAGAAAUGGUAUACGUGGUGCUAACAUACGAACAAGAGUGGUCUUUGGUCAUCUACAUUUGUUGUUCAUGUGGAUUGAAGGCCAUAGCACUGGUUCAUACCUACAUGAAGCUGAUCUUCACGGAAACAUUCUUCGUCGAUUGGGAACGGCCGAGACAUCCAGUCGACCGUAGCCAUGAAACCACCAUGUUGGAGAUGACACAGAACGAUUUACUGAGCCAUAAAACAAGAAAGACACCUCCAGUGGUUAUAUGGUAAGCUAUACUGUAACAUAACUAUCCAAAAAUUUACAGGAGAACAUACUUGAUCGCAAACGAGUGGAACGAACUCCAAUACUACCGCAAGACGAGCGUGUCACUCCAGAUGAUAGCCAUGUUAUUCUUCUUGGACCUCUUCAGGUUCUCUGACUGGGCUAUAGUUCAGCCUGGAUUCGGAAGAGGAGAUCCAGUCUACGCAGAAACCCGGAUGACAAGAUUUGCAGUAAACCUGGCAGCUUAUAUUGCUAUCAGCAUGACCCAGUGGAUAACGAAUGUCUUAAUCAUAGAGAAGAUCGCCGAUCCUUUCAGAAACUUCAUGGACUUGUGUUCUGUAGCCAACAUAAGUGUGCUAGCCUUGACUCAUCCUCUCAGAGCGUAUUACAUUCAUGGGCGAUCAGUCCAUGGAUUGGCUGAUACGGACAUGUUGGAGAUGAACAUGUUCUUACAACGGGAAAAGGUAAAUACUUUAACCAUAUGUAAUUGGUCUUUGUCACGUAAAACAAGUAUAUUAUCUUGUUUACAUUACAAUUGUUUUAGGAAAAUCUUUGUGGCCUUCGAGGUUUGGAAAGCAACUCAGAACUGCAGACUUUCGUCGCUUGUCUGCCUCGAGCAUUUCGGGAACGACUAGACGAACUGACUGGUGCUCUACGUACAGUAUCACAAGGUCCUCAGGUCAGAAUGAUUGGCGGUGAUAAGACCACUGCCAAAGUAGCUAACACUGCCAAGAUUCACGCAGAGAUCAAUCAAUUUGUAAAAGACUUUAUCGACCACGCCGACCAGUCUACUGAUUACAUUGUGUCUGACCCGAAACUCAUCGAAGAAAUACUGGACAUUGAACUGAACGACACUAGCAAAGUUGGCACACUUAUCAGGUAAGUCUUGUCUUAUCACAGUUAAUCUUACCGGUUUCCUUCCUCGUCAUAUUGUGAUUUGAUCUGUAAAUUAACAGCUUUUUGGGCUAAUAGUAAAAUUUACAUAAAUAUUGUUUUAGAGACCCAUCAGAAAUGGGCUACAGUGCGUGCUUCGUUUAUGGGAACGAAUGGUCCCACUUGUCAUUUGAAUUGUUAUUGUUCUGCGUACUAGACAUGUUUUUGCUCAAUCGAAUUUUAAGUGCGACUGUCGUGUUCGCCGUAUCGACAGCUGUUACCUCAAUCGCCAAGACUUUCUUUACAAACAGUUUGGUAAAGAGUAGUUUGGUCGAUCACCGAUUCCUCAUAUAA